GAAGACGAACGAACGCUGCACGCUCGUUCUACGCGCUGGUAGACCACCUCGAUGUUUUUGUCUGCUGUGGGUUGCUCAUUCUAACAUUUGAUUCUUAUUUAAACGAUCCUAUUUUAUGAUUAUGAGUUUAUUAUAGUGACUUGCAAAUGGCAGGCUUUCACAGACAAAAAUGAACUAUCACAGGUUUACUAAGUGAUAAAACUACUUCAGUUUGACUUAGAUAUGUUAAUAUAUUUACAUCUACAGUUAUUAAUUUAGCAGACAUAAAUGGCAUUUUAUCUAAAGAGACGUACAAGCUAGCGAAAAUAAAAGUCCAUUUCACCAACUGACGGAGAAAUACUGAUGCGAACACUGUGUGACGUCACCGUUUAACCCGGCAUACUUACAGUAGCUGUGUGUACAAUUGGAGCCCCAGGCGACAGUAUGGAAGGAGAAGAUGAAGGAGAUGGCCUCUUCUCCUGGAUGGCCCUUAAUGAUAAUAAAGCUGGAAUGGAAGGCAUAAACAGGGAAAAGAUCAACAAGAUCAUCCUGGAAGCAUCCAAGGGCUCCAAGUUUUAUGAAAAUGAACUGAAGAAGGAACAGCAGGUGAAUCAGCGCAUAGAGAAGAUGAUGCUACAGAAGGCUCAAAUCACAGAGCAACAGUUUAGAAAAGCCGAAGGACAGGUGGAGAAAUUAACAGCUGACUUGGAAAGGGGACGGGAUUUGGGCCGUGUCGUUGUACACGUGGACAUGGAUGCCUUCUAUGCUGCGGUGGAGAUGAGAGACUGCCCCGAACUCAAGGACAAGCCAUUGGGUGUGGGGUCCUGGAGAUUGCUGUCAACCUCCAACUACCAUGCCAGAAAGUUUGGAGUUCGUGCAGCCAUGCCAACUUUCAUUGCGAAGAAACUUUGCCCUAACCUGAUUAUUGUUCCCCUGAACUUUGACAAGUACAGAGCAACGAGCGCCGAGGUGCGAGAGAUCUUUGCAGAGUAUGACCCUAACUUCCUGCCAAUGAGUCUGGAUGAGGCCUACUUGGAUAUCACUGAUCACGUGAUGCAUAGGCAGAGCUGGCCAGAGUCCAUGAGGACAUAUUACUUGCAUUCAGGCUGCAGUGCAGAUGACGAUCAGGCCAGGCAGAGGCCCGAGGAACAACCAGAUGCUGAUCUGUCUCUAGAUCUGUUUGAGGACAGCCCCAGUGCGUCUCCCAGUGUCAGUGGCCCAGCAGGUGCAGUCGUGUUUGGGACCUGUGCCGAGGAAGCAGUGCGGGAGAUGCGUUUCCGGAUUGAGCAGAAAACCAUGCUGACGGCCAGUGCAGGCAUUGCCCCCAACAUGAUGCUGGCUAAGGUGUGCAGUGACAAGAACAAGCCCAAUGGCCAGUACAGGAUCCCAGCUGAGCGGCAGGCAGUGAUGGACUUUGUCAAGAACCUCCCCAUUCGCAAGGUUCCGGGGAUUGGGAAGGUCACUGAGAAGAUGCUGAGUGCUCUGGGAAUCAAAACAUGUGCUGAGCUGCACCAGAAGGGGGCACUCCUCUCCCUGCUUUUUUCUGAAACAUCCUUUCACCAUUUCCUGCAGAUAUCAUUAGGGCUGGGAUCCACACACAUCAAUAGGGAUGGUGAGAGGAAAAGCAUGAGCACAGAAAGGACAUUUGCAGAGAUGAGCAGUGUGGAGGAGCAGUUCAGGUUGUGUCGAGAACUUUGUGGAGACCUGGCCAACGAUCUUCAGAAGGAGGGCCUCAAGGGAAGGACUGUAACUGUGAAGUUGAAAAAUGUGAACUUCGAGGUGAAGACCAGGGCUCUGACAUUGUCAUCUGUGGUCUCCACAGAAGAGGAGAUCUUUGCUGCUGCGAAGGACUUGCUGAAAGCUGAAAUCGAUCACAUGAGCCCACAGCCGCUUAAGCUGAGGCUUAUGGGUGUUCGGGUAUCUGGAUUUGUCAGUGGGGAUGAGAAGAAAAGCCUCCAGAAGAGUAUCAUCAGCUUCUUUCAGUCUGGUCGGUUGGAGUCAGGAGAAACCUCUCAGCACUCUGGGGCAGAGGAGCUGCCUCUUCUCCAACUAGCAGGGUUCCAGAAGGAUCCAGGGGUCUCCUCUCUUGAUGUGUGCCCUGUGAAACAGGAAGUGUCCAAACAAGAAGCAGGUCAGAGCGAACAGCAGUCCUUCUUCCAAAAGGCCCAUGUUCGAAGGCUCCGCCUCCAGGCUGAACAACAAGAAUCACCAGGCCCCAGUGACCAGGCUCCUGCUGUGGAGCACGCCCUGCUGAAUGCACCGAGGAAGGAGUAUUUCACCUGUCCCGUUUGCUUCCAGAAACAAGAGGGCAUGGAUCUGGGCAAAUUCAACCAACAUGUGGAUGAAUGCCUCACCAGUGUUUAUACAGCAUCUUGGGAGCAGGACGUUAGUAGUUGCCCAGCACAAGGAGAUUAUAUCAGGACGGAAGAGGGUCUCCACCAUAGGCAACUUCAAGUUACCAAUGUGGAUGUCACAGAGCCCAAGAUUGGCAAUGGCAUUCUGCACACAUCCAUGGGGCACAGCAGUAUAUUUGCUGCCCAUACCAUGCCUGGGUUAAUGUCCCAAACUUCAGAAGGCUGUGAGGAGAAGACCAGUAGGAACAGUUCUGACCUUCACAAGGUUCAUUACUGCGACGGUGGUCACCAGAGAACCAGUAGUAGUGAUAGCAAGUUUGGAGGAGUGUAUUCUGUGGAGCCAGAGGGUCCAGGGCCUGGGUGUCCAGCCCUGAUCUGUCCCAUCUGUAAUGUGCAACAGGACACCAGCGACCUUGCCAUCUUCAACAGGCAUGUGGACAUCUGCCUCAAUCAAGGUGUUUUGCAGGAGAUUGGACAAGAGGUUGUCUCACACACCCCCGGAAUCCCAUUUUCCGCCGGAGUCAAAUGUCAGGGCCUAAGUAGAGGUCAAACCUCAGGAACAUCCAGUGACACUCGGGGAGCUCUGGAUUCGAGAUGCAAAAGGCAGAGGUCACCCCCCCCAUCUGCUCCUCACAAGAGAACCAAGGCCAUGGGCUCCAUGCACACCAUUGACAAGUUCUUCAAAUGAAGCCUGAAAGGGGUGGCCCACUCCCCUGGAGAACCUGCAGAAUUGUGAAGAACCAUGAGUUCAAGCUCUGCUGACUUUCAUCCCAUGGUUUGUGGUGCCUUUGCCGUUGUAGGUGAAGGGUUCACAUCUUAAGAGCUGAGCUGCUUUUGCAUACUUGAGUUACAAUUAAGAAUUUUAUGAUUAAGAUUUUAAAUAAUAAUAGAUUACAAGCCAUGAUUAUGGUGGCAAAAAUAAAGGAGGUUUUCAUUUACUGUCUUGAUUGUUUUUAUCAUUUCAGGGUGAAUAGUACAGAAUGGUAAAAAUAUAUAAAACUGGUUGUCUGUCUUGUUUUAUGCAAUCUGAAUUCUGUAUUUAUUUUGUUUAUGUAUGUUUUGCCUCUAGUGUUUCUUUGAGAUGUGGAAUAAUAAGACAUUGUUUUUGGUGAGUGUGAUAGUUCGUUUCUUUCCUAUUUUAAACAACAGGCUUGAGUGCUGAAGUCCUUGUUCAAUGUGCAAUGAGAGCUGAAGGGUUUAGGUCAGUGCUGAGACCUACAAGACUUUAAUUCUUUUUCACUGAUUGUCAUGGUCGAUAAUUAUUUGGAGUUUUGUCUCCCCCCAUUUACUUCUUGUUUUUUUGCUGAAGUAACAAGUUAUAUAUAUGUGGAACCUAGUUAUUUUUAAAUACAUUUAUAAAGUACUAAUAUUAGAUCAGAGAUUAAAAGUAUAAAUAU